AUGAGUAGUUGCGGUGUGGACGGCAUCCUCGCCCUGGACGAGAGGGGAGCAAACUGUUGUUGUCGUCCAUUUUCAUCAGGGUCACACAGCGGCGUUGGCCACGUUGCGGGGUUGCAGGUUGUAUAUAUAUGUAUAUAUUCACAGUGCCGCGGAACCCCAAAGUUCCUCCGGGGCCAUUUUGCGGGGGGUCGGGUCGGCCCCUGCGUGUGUCGCGUGGGGGCGUCCAUUGGAGGAGCGUGCGUCGGCGCUGCCCUGUGCGUGUGCGAAUGCGCCGGGGCCCUCCGUCGCGGGACGCUCGUUUCCUCCGGGUGCGUUGCGGCGCCAGCUGUGACGCAGCUGCAGGGCGCCACCUGCCGGCAGCAGACGGCAUUGCCUCGGGCGGAAGAGGAAGAGGAAGAGGGCGAGAGUUUCGGGCUGGAACGGGUGCGAAAUGAAGAAAAAAAGAAAGAGGCGGCAGUCUGGCUGGCGCAGGAGGCUAGAGGCCUGGCAGCGAGUAGGAAGAGCACGUAA